AUGCCUCCUACGGUACUCGAAUCAAGGUCCUCUGGGGCUGGAAUAUCCAUUCCUAUCCGCAAACGCAGUGGUUUGGCAAAUCCUUCCGGUGUUUUCGAUGUUGACAAGGCCAGAGUGGAUGUCAUAAUGACCGUAAACAAACAUAGGCGGAAUAUGAUGAAUUAUUUGAGCACUCAGGGCUCCUUGCCAGCUGGCUUCGAGCUUGAGCCUCUUCUUACUCUCCCGGUAAAUCUCGUCGAGACUCUUACUGGCACGAAUAUCAUCAAGAGACAAGCAGUCCCCUUGACAGACGAAAACAAUGGAGAACUGUGGGACGGACAAAUUUCCAUCGGUUCAAACGAUCAGAAAUUCAUCAUAGAUUUCGACACCGGCUCAUCCGACCUCUGGGUUCCCUCAAUCAAUUGUACUGCAUCUACGUGUUCUUCAAAGCACAAAUAUGACCCUUCAGCUUCUUCGUCUUCGGAAGCUCAAGAUGGUUCGUUUAAUAUCCAAUAUGGUGAUGGAUCUACAGUUUCCGGUUCGAUUUAUACGGAUGAUGUGACGAUUGCUGGAAUAUCUGUAACUGGACAACAUUUCGCCGCAGUGACUAAUCUGUCCAACUCCGUUGCUCAGACAUCUUUUGACGGCAUUCUGGGAAUGGGUUAUUCUACUCUCUCGAACCUCGGUGCACCAACCUUCUUCGAGACAGCUGUCAAACAAGGGGUGGUUGCCUCCCCCGAAUUCAGCUUCUUCUUAUCCGCCAACGGCUCUGAGCUCUACCUUGGAGGAACAAACUCUCAACUCUACACUGGUGACAUCGAGUUCCACGACGUCAACACCUCUCCUGGGUACUGGAAGAUCUCUGGUGGAAGCGUCGGUGUCCCGUCGAAUGCCGGUGUUGUGUCCGGUAUUGAUACUGUCGUCGACUCCGGUACGACUCUCAUCUAUGGACCUCCCAAUGAUGUAAAGAACUUGUGGGCUGCUGUCCCUGGCGCGGCGGCGUACGAUGCGGAACCAGGAUUCUAUACAUACCCUUGCAAUCAGACUUUGGGUGUAUCGUUUAGCUGGGGUGGAAAGAACUGGAAUAUCCCCGAUGAACAUAUGAGCACUGGCUUUGCAGAUGGCAGUGGCCAAAAGUGUGUUGGGGCUAUCAUCGGACAGAACAUUUUUGGCUCCAGUUCGCCUACGUGGCUUGUCGGGGACACCUUUAUGAAGGGCGUUUACUCCGUCUUCAAUCUCGGAAACAACCAACUUGGGUUUGCGCAGCUUGCUUAA